GCAUAAAUGUAUACGUGAAUAGUGGACUCUCUCUGGCAUCGGCGCCGGACUUCCCGAUUUCAUGUUCACGCCGAUAAAGACUCUGCAGAUUAAGGUUAACUGGAACAAUUUGUAUCAAUCAUGCCCGGUGAUCCAAAGGUUGCAGGUGCCUUCAAGGCAAUGAGGAGCUUGGGCAUUGAAUCAGACGUUGUUAAACCAGUCCUGAGGAAGCUGCUAAAAUUGUAUAACAAAAAAUGGGAAUUUAUUGAGGAGGAUAACUAUCGUACUCUUAUAGAUGCAAUAUUUGAGGCUGAUGAUGAAAAGCCUCCUGCCAAUGAACCUUCUUGUAAGAAACAAAAACGAGAUCAUGAUUCAUCCAUGGAAAAUGGCAAUACUUAUUUAAAUUUUGGAGAGGGUGAACUUCGAGAAACAUGUGAAUCAAAGCCAGAGACUGAAUGUGGUUAUCAAGCUAUGGACAGAAGAAAGAAUCCUAUUUUAACAGAACAAUCUGAUCAAGUCUUACCAAAUAUCACCUCUCCUGCUUCAAAUGCUUCUCCAGCUCUUUCAAACUCGGUGGAUAAUUUUCCCAACAAGCCCGUUCCUGCUUCCCAGUGCCCUGAGAAUAUGAAUAUCAAACAAGAAGGUUCAUCGUUUGAUUACAGCACUGACUUGCAAAGUAUUUUCGAUAUUGUUUCAUCUUCUUCUUGUGGAAGGGUAAAACUUUCUCUAAAAUAUGAUGGUGUGUCUGCACAAUCCAACCAUUUCUGUUCAAUCAUCAAUGCUGUUCUAAAAUUGGUGGAGGACAAUUUCUUGAUGUCUUAUAAAAUUGAGGGAUUCCAGUUUUCUCUAAAGAAUUUAUUGAAAGAAAUAUGUGAAGGUUACUUGGAACUGGCUAAUGCGCCUACUGAGCCUACUGAGGGAUCUCUUGAGAACAAAUCCACUGCAAGUUGUCUGCAGAAUAACUUGUGUUCAAAUGGGGAACCUCUCAGAGUGGAUCACUCAGAGAGAAAUUCAAUGAAGAAAGGUUCAAGCUCUGCAUCUUCUUCACUUUGUUUAGUUGCGCAAGAGCAACCUGUAAACCGUGAUAAGAAAAAACCUUUAAAGAUCAAUGACAUAACAAAUGGUAUUGAGGAAAUGCGUAUUUCAUUGCUGGAUGAAAUUGGCAAUGGACGACGACCUAAGUUUUCUUACAUUAGAGAAAAUACUAUAUAUCAAAGUGCAUAUGUACAGUUUUCACUGGCUCGUAUUGCAGAUGAUGAUUGUUGUUCAAAGUGUAAGGGGGAUUGCCUUUCAUCCUCAGUACCUUGUGCAUGUGCCCGUGAAACUGGAGGAGAAUUUGCUUACACAUCAGAAGGGCUUCUCAGAGAAGAAUUUCUUCGAGAUAGUAUUUCUAUGUAUCAAGAACCUCAGAAGCAUUACCACUUUUAUUGUGAAGAGUGCCCCUUAGAGAGAGCUAAGAAUAUGCAUAGGCCAGAAAAAUGCAAGGGCCACUUAGUAAGGAAGUUCAUCAAAGAAUGCUGGAGAAAAUGUGGCUGCAAGAUGGGUUGUGGAAACCGUGUUGUACAGCGAGGAAUAACACGGAAAUUGCAGGUGUUCCUGACAACGGAUGGUAAAGGCUGGGGUGUUCGGACACUUGAGGAGUUGCCAAAAGGUGCAUUUGUGUGUGAGUAUGUCGGGGAGAUAUUAACCAACAUUGAGUUGUAUGAGCGAAAUAAACGAAGAGGUGGCAAUGAAAAGCACACAUACCCUGUCCUAUUAGAUGCAGAUUGGGGUUCUGAAGGAGUUCUGAAGGAUGAAGAUGCACUUUGCUUGGAUGCAACAUACUAUGGUAAUGUUGCGAGGUUUAUCAAUCAUAGGUGCUCUGAUGCAAACUUGAUCGAGAUACCAGUUCAGAUUGAAACUCCUGACCAUCAUUAUUAUCAUAUUGCAUUUUUCACCAAUCGAAAAGUGAAUGCUUUUGAAGAGCUAACAUGGGAUUAUGGUAUUGACUUUUACGAUAUUAACCAUCCUAUCAAAGCGUUUAAAUGUUCCUGCGGAAGUCCUGGCUGUAGGGAUCGAAAAGGAAAAGGAAUUUCAUCGAAAAACUCGCAGUUUAAGCAACCUGCAAGCAGGGGAUGAUGAUGACAGAAUUGACGUAUUAGCUAUUUUUGUUGUUCCUGAAACUCCCCCAGCUGUUUUAGUUUUGAUUCCAACAUUCAAAGAAAAUAGUUUAGGCAAGUAGCUGUGGUUCCAAUGUUC